AUUUGCCUGUCUUUGGACCUGCGAUCGCAUUAGCACAAACAGCAUGUACAGCUCAAAAUGCAAAAGGAACUUGCAUUUCAACUGCUUCAUGUACAGGUAGAUCAGUUGCUGGCCUCUGUCCUGGUGCUGCAGAUGUUCAAUGUUGCAUCCCACAAGGAAGUGCUUGUACCGCCAACGGAAGAAGUGGAAUUUGCAUUUCAACUACGUCCUGUGCUGGUACACCUGUAGCUGGUGCUUGCCCCGGUGCUGCUAACAUUCAAUGUUGUGUUGAUAGCGCUGGUUCAUCAGGUUCUUCUGCUGGACUUUGUGGAGGUUACGCUGGUGCUACUGUUAGUUCAAUUGCUGGUAACAAUAAUGUGAUGUAUUCAGUAGUGAAAAUAAAACCAGAACAUCUGUCGAAUCCUGCUAUAUAUUCAAAUUCACCAACAGCAUCAGAUAACACAAUGACAACUUCAACAGCUUGUGCUUUCGAUAAGAUGGCUGUAGCUGCUAAACAAGCAGGUGUAACAAUUACUGUUGCUUCUGGUUUUCGUACAGUUGCUCGUCAAGAAUACUUCUGGAAUUGUUAUCAAACAAAAGCAUGUAACAAUGGUAAUUUAGCUGCUCGACCAGGUACAUCAAAUCAUGGACGAGGUGUUGCUCUUGAUUUGAACACCAAUUGUGGUUCACAAUCAGGAGCUAAACCUAACUGUGGUGGAAGUAAAGUUUAUCAAUGGUUAAAAAAUAAUGGUCACAAAUAUGGAUUUAAGCGCACUGUUCAAUCAGAACCAUGGCAUUGGGAAUAUGUUGGAGCUGCUACUACUCCUAGUAGUUUCACUUAA